UAAAGUUCUGAAAGGUUUGAUUGCAGUGGAUUUUUAAUUUAUUUACUUACUCAUUUACAUUUAACUGUUGGGUAGGUCUGUUGUCUACAACAUCUCAUACAGGAAACCCUGGAAACUCAUGGGAAGUGGAAACAAACUCCACAUCCUUUUGAAGAUCCAGUUGUGCAGCAAGGAGUCCAGAGCUAGAAUGUUCUCAGGAAGUUUUCAUUGUUGAGUCCUUGAUGGCCAUCCUUUUUAUUUUGACCCCUAACUUACAUGGGCACAUGUUCUCUGAAAUUAUUCAAAUGAACCUUUUUCUGAUAAAGAGGUGUAAACUUACAGAGGACAUGUUUAGUUUAUGGUGGUUUCUGUACAGUGUACUAAAAUAUAGUUGAGAUCUUUGGGAAUUCCCAAGUACUCAUUUGUGUUUCCUUUCUGAAGCCGUGCCUUUGCUCACUGCUGUGCUUGUUCUAUAUUUGACAACCAUGGGAAUUCCCCAGUCACAUAACGUGGCUGUACUUUUGCAGUUCUCAACGGUAACACGUUCCUAGCUCGAUACAAAAUUAUUCUGCACAUAUCUUUGGAGCUUGGCCUGGGUCUUUUACAUCAGUUGCUCCUGUAGCCACUUUGUGCUAAGGCUGCUCUGUCCAGACAUGUCAGUGCAAACAGAACAAUCCAUGCCUCCUGCAGUCUGCUUACUAGGAGUUUGUUUUAACUGCACAUGAGGAGAUGUAAACACAUAAGCUGCUAAAAGUCUCACUGCAUUCACACACCUUCCACCUUUGACCUCAUCUAUAUGCAGGCAGUAACCAAAUAUCUUCCUUACAGCUUUGAACACUGGUGACUUUUAUGACAAUAAUGUAAAUAUUAACUGCUGCGUUAAAGGGUAAAUAUCCAAUUUGACAGAUUCUUUUCAGUACCAAUAAUGGGAAUAACACAUCUCUGAGCUAUUGAACACCUCUAUAGAGUUUCUUUGUUUCCCAGGGGAGCACUUGAUGUAACUGAGUGUGCAAAUCUCACCCCAUAUUUGUCCUGGUGGGGGUGGGAAGAGAGGCUCAGCCCAUUGACUGGUUCUGGAAGUCAGCAGUGUCCUCCCAAAUUGUCCGCGAUGGUAUCUUUCCCAAAAAUUCCUCCAAGUUCCCAUCCCUGUGCUUAAGGAACUGUCAUGGAAUACACUGCAUAUUUACUGCAAUCCAUCUUGGAGGUGUCUACAAUGCUUUUCUGCUUUUGAGAGGGGAAUGUCCCAGUAACUGACUUCCAGUAAUUACUCCACAUAAUCGAUCUUGUGACUACAGUUGCUCAAGACUCACAAUAUUCAGAAAGAACUGGGGAGGGUAUGUGCAGCCUUGUUAUGAGGAUUAGACCUCAAGAGCUCUGGGUCUGUUCAUUAUUUAUAGGGUAAGAUGAUUGGCAGAGUCAUAGUAUGUAGCAGAACUGUGUUAUCAGCCCUGAACACAGUCUUGGGUGUAACAGCCAGGCCAAAGGAGGAGGCUGGAGGUGGGAGGAAGCACACCCUCAGAUUACUGUCUACAUUUUUUUAAUUUAUAAUUUUUUUUGAAAGAGAGAAGUGGUAGGAAGAGGUUCUGUUUUAAAAUCAGUGCUGAGUGCAGCUCUCCUGUCAAGGUGUUAACGUUCAGUUUUAGAACCAUGAAACUCCAACCUCCCUCCUUCCUCCUGUUGUUAUGAAAUACUAUCUGUGUGUUAGAAUUUAGAACAGAGGUGAUGCACCAUCCCAAGGUCUCACCCCAUCAUGUCACUUCCUGUGGGCUCGCUCCUGCUGCUGAAAGCCUCCAGCAAAUCCCAAGGGCUGGGAAGGGAGUUGGUUCAGUGGCUCGUGCCCAUUAUUAGGGAACAGGGUCAAAUACCUGGACUGAGUGUGCUGCGCUUCCUGUCAGCAGCAAGGGGGCAGCUUGCGAGGAGGAAAUGGUGUUCUGAGAUUCUUUGUCAGUAUUGAAAUGACGAUGAAUUGUUAGUGCCCUUGGACUGUGGAGGUGUGACUGCCGCAAAUGCCCAGGCAGUGGGAGAGCUCCUAACCUGCACAGAUAAGUUCAGUUUUCUUACGAAUCCUUUUCAUGCCAGAAAUAUCCUUGGAAUGCAUGUGAAGAUAAUGAUGUGAUUUGAGCUCAAACUCUUAUUGGAGAACUCUGAGGACCUCUUAUUUGCUAUGCUUAACCACUGAAGUGCCACUCUGGCAACUGAUUUUCACGUGUCUCUGUGUGUUUCUUCUGAAGUACUUCAGCUCAGUGGCAAAGCUCUUCCUUUUGCUUCCCCCACGUUUCCGCUUUCUGUUUUUUCUGAGUGGGUGUAUGAAUUUUAUGAAGCAAAAAGGGAAGAAUACAAAAAAGGAGGGGGCAGUGUUUAUGUAAAACAGCUCAGAAUGCUGUUUUGCAUGUAAUACAAAACCAGCCAUGUAUAUAAAAUUCACUUUUUCCUGUCAGUAGCAUGCGUGUUUGAAGUGAUAUGAGAAAUCUCUCCACUGGAAAAAGAGCACCCAUCUGCCAUUGGCUUUUGUUUGUUUGUUUGUUUUUGUUUUGUUUUGUUUUUUAAACAGUAAAGAGAGAUGUAUUGGUAUUUCACGGUAAGAAAAGAAAAGGAAAUAUGAAGUACAGGGUCGCCCAGGCUGAAGAAAGAAGCUCAGCAUUUGGACAGCAGUGACGCCUGUGGAGGGAGAUAGAGUAUGGGAGUGCUCUGUAACAGUGAACGGAAACGGCCUCAGCUGUGUCAGAAAGCUCCUCUCUGGCAGACAAGCAGUUUCUGAGUUGAACUGCGUUUUUUUUAAGCCAGGAAUCCAGACAGAACUACAGCUCCCAGGAGCCUGGGCGCUGCCUCGCCGGACGAAGUGGGCGGAAGCACGGAAGCGCGGGUGCACAAGGAAGUGGUGCCCAUCCCAGCUCAGGGCUGGAGCUGCUGCGGGGAGAUGGAGUUCUCCCAGCUGCUCUACGUGAUCAGCGAGGCGCUGGACAGGAAUGAUCUGGCGUCUCUGAAGUUUCUCAGCCUGGAGCACGUCACUGUAAGAAAGCAGGAAGAUAUUGAGGAACCCAAGGCCUUCUUCCAAGCAUUACAGGAGAAAGGGAUGAUCGAAGCAGGGGAUCUGUUCUUCUUGAAGGAGCUGCUCUACCGGAUCAAUCGGAUAGACCUUCUGGCUUUCCACCUGGGCUCCAGCCGAGAGGAGAUGGAGAGGGAGCUCCAGGUCCCAGGCAGGGCACGGGUGUCUCCAUUCAGGUAUCUGCUCUUUCAGCUGUCAGAAAACAUCACCCAAGAUGAGAUGAAGUGUUUCAAGUUUCUUUUGUGGAAAGAAUUACCAAAGUGCAAGCUAAGCCCUGAAACUACAAUGCUCGACGUUUUCAUUGAGAUGGAGAAGAAGGGGAUUUUGAGAGAAGACGACUUAACUGUCCUGAAGAGUAUUUGUGAAAAAGUGGACAAGAGCCUGCUGAAGAAAAUUGAAGAGUAUGAAUUUAACACAUUUGGUAAAACAAAACAAGUCCUCUUUCUCACACAUUUUAUUCUUGAAGCGAUACAUAAGGUGUCUUACAGGACUAAUAAUGAAUGCUUUUCAGGAGAAGGAGAGAUGCCUGUAACAGAGGGGCGAAGAAGCAGCACAGGAGCCCCCAGAGACAGUGCCAUAUGGCUGGCAUCAUCUGUGGCACCUGAUUCUCUGGGCAACUGUGAUCAGUCUUCACAGGUUGAAGUUUAUAAAAUGACCAGCCGACCCCGUGGAGUUUGCUUGAUCCUGAACAAUCACAAUUUUGCAAAAGCCAGGGAAGCAGUGCCAGAACUCAGAAAGAUGAAAAAUCGGAAUGGAACAGAUAUAGAUGCAGAGGCUCUGAAAAAAGUCUUCAGCAAUCUUCAUUUUACAGUAGUAGAAUACAGAGACUGCACUGCAGAGGAAAUCCGUAAGAUAGUGAGCAAGUAUCGGUGCAUGGACCACAACAACAAAGACUGUUUUGUUUGCUGUAUUCUCUCUCAUGGAAAAAAAGGCAUUAUAUAUGGUGUUGAUGGGCAGGAAGUGCCUAUCCAGGAACUGACCACUUCUUUCACUGGGCAAAAUUGCCAAUCACUUGCUGGAAAACCAAAAGUCUUCUUUGUUCAGGCCUGCCAAGGUGAUGCUUAUCAGAAAGGUGUAACCGUUGAAACAGAUUCUGGGGAACAAGAUUAUUCUCUAGAAGCAGAUGCAAGAUUUCAGCUGGACUGCAUCCCCUCAGAGGCAGACUUCCUCUUGGGCAUGGCUACUCUGCAAGAUUACGUCUCCUACAGAAGCACAAGCCAGGGGACCUGGUACAUACAGUCACUGUGCCAACACUUGGAGAACAGUUGUCCUAGAGGAGAAGACAUUCUCACCAUACUGACAGCAGUGAAUCAAGAGGUGAGCAGCAAGAUUGACAAGCAGAAUGCGGGGAAGCAAAUGCCACAGCCCAGUUUCACACUGAGAAAAAAACUCAUAUUUCCUGUAAACUAAAUAGGAGCAGAGGCAGAGAGCACUGCAGUAACCUGGAAACCACUCAUCUCAGUUAAGAAUUUGGUAAAACAUCAUUCUGCUUUCAGCACAUAUACAAACGUUUUUAGUGAUAACAGAUAAGGAAUAAAAUCUUUAUGAAUGUAAGGGUUAAUUUGUAUGACACUUUUUUUAUACUUGAAAGCAUCUCAGAGCUGGUCUCCAGUUUGAAGCCUUACAAUAGAUUGAAUGCCCUUCCUGAUGUACCAUAUGUUGCUGUUAAGAUACUUUUCAAAUACAAAUUCAUAUAAUUUGUGUAUUUUCUGUAUAACUUUUUAAUAAAAUAAAAGGCAGGGGACUGCAUGUUUUAAAGAA